GCCACCAUGGCGCACGGCGGGCCACGCGUGUCCGCCGCUGCCGCUCCGCGCGGGGCUGCCCGGCUGCCGCCGCCGCCGCCGCUGCUGCUGCUGCUGCUGCUGCUGCUGCCGGCGCUGCUGGGCGCCGCCGCCGCGCCGCGCUGCGCGGAGCCCUGCGGCCGCCCGCGCCCUGUAGCCCUGACCCGCGGGGCGCGCAGCCCGCCCGAGCCGCGGCGGGGCGGCGGGGCGGCGGCGGGGAGCAGCCGCUCCAGGAGAGCAUCCUUGGCGGCCGGCCGGGAGCAGGUCUCCCUCAUCAGCACCUCCUUCGUGCUGAAAGGGGACGCGUCUCACAACCAGGCGAUGGUGCACUGGACGGGCGAGAACAGCAGCGUGAUCCUGAUCCUUACCAAGUAUUAUCAUACUGACAUGGGGAAAGUUCUGGAGAGCUCUUUGUGGAGGUCUUCUGAUUUUGGGACGUUAUACACAAAGUUGAAUCUACAGCCUGGGAUUGCCACUGUUAUUGACAAUUUCUACAUUUGUUCCACCAACAAAAAGAAGAUAAUUCUCGUAAGUUCUUCCCAUAAUGACCGUGACCAAAGCCUUUUCAUAAGCACAGAUGAAGGAGCCACUUUCCAGAAACAACCUAUCACUUUCUUUGUGGAAACUCUCCUUUUUCACCCAAAAGAGGAAGAUAAAGUACUGGCUUAUACCAAGGAAGGCAAGAUUUAUGUAUCUAUUGACUUGGGAAAAAAAUGGAACCUUCUGCAGGAACGAGUUUCUAAAGAUCAUUUUUUUUGGGCUGUUGCUGGAGUUGACGGGGACCUUGAUUUAGUUCAUAUGGAAAUCCAGGACCCCAGUGGAGAUUAUCGCUACAUCACUUGCCAGAUUCAGAAUUGUUCUGAUAAGACAAUGACAGUCCCAUUUGCUGGCAGCACUGAUCGGGAUUCCCUGACUGUGCAGGAUGACUACAUAUUUCUUCAGACAACAUCAGCAAAUCGGACCAAGUACUAUGUGUCUUACCGUCGAAAUGGCUUUGUACAGAUGAAGUUGCCAAAAUACGCCUUGCCCAAAGAUUUACAGAUAAUCAGUACAGAUGAAAACCAGGUGUUUGUGGCUGUACAGGAGUGGUACCAGACAGACACUUACAACCUGUACCAGUCUGACCCACAAGGUGUUUACUACUCCAUCUUGCUGGAGAAUGUCCGGAGCACGAAGCAGCCAGAAGAGAAUGUCCUGAUAGAUAUUCUGGAGGUCAGAGGUGUAAAAGGAGUCUUUUUGGCCAACCAGAAAAUUGAUGGGAAGGUUACAACUCUGAUAACCUACAACAAAGGCCGUGACUGGGAUUUUCUAAACCCUCCAGACAUCGAUAUGAAUGGCAAACCGACAAACUGCAAACCUCCUGAUUGUUAUCUUCACCUCCAUCUCCGGUGGGCAGACAAUCCCUAUGUGUCAGGCACAGUGCACACCAAGGACACUGCACCAGGGCUCAUAAUGGGGGCAGGUAACCUGGGGUCCCAGCUGGUUGAGUAUAAAGAGGAGAUGUACAUAACAUCUGACUGUGGGAACACGUGGCGUCAGGUCUUUGAAGAAGAGCACCACAUCUUGUACUUGGAUCAUGGUGGAGUUAUUGUGGCUAUCAAAGACACCUCUAUUCCUCUGAAAAUACUCAAGUUCAGCAUAGAUGAAGGCCAGACCUGGAGCACCCAUAAUUUUACCAGCACUUCUGUCUUUGUAGAUGGAUUACUUAGUGAACCUGGAGAUGAGACAUUGGUCAUGACAGUCUUUGGACAUAUCAGCUACCGUUCGGACUGGGAACUGGUGAAGGUGGACUUCAGACCAUCCUUCCCCAGGGAGUGCACUGAUGAAGACUAUGAGUCUUGGGAUCUCACAAAUCUACAGGGUGAUCGUUGCAUCAUGGGCCAGCAGAGAAGCUUUCGGAAGAGGAAGAUUUCAUCAUGGUGCAUUAAAGGGAAAAGUUUUACAUCAGCUCUCACAUCCAAAGUUUGUGAAUGUGUGAACACUGAUUUCUUAUGUGAUUAUGGGUUUGAGCGCUCUGCACCUCUGAAGUCGGAGUCAAGCAAAUGCUUUGCUGACUUUUGGUUUAACCCAGAAGCGCCUCCUGAAGACUGUGUAUUGGGGCAGGCAUACACCAGCAGCACUGGGUACAGGAAAGUUGUUUCUAAUGUGUGUGAAGGUGGAGUAGACCUGCAGCAGAACUUAGCACACCAUAUGUGCCCAUUGAUUGCUCCCAAGGGACUUCAGAUCAAAAUCAGAGAAGAAAGUCUGGCUGUUAGGCCUGGGGAAGACAUCACCUUCAUUGUCCAACAAGAGCAGGGUGAUGUAUUGAGUACCAAAUACCAGGUAGAUCUUGGAGACGGCUUUAAGGCGAUAUAUGUGAACCUGACGAUGACUGGAGAGCCCAUCCGUCACCGCUACGAGAAUCCUGGGAUUUACCGUGUGUCGGUCAAGGCUGAGAAUGUGGCUGGGCACGACGAGGCUGUGGUGUUCGUGCAAGUCAACUCUCCUCUCCAGGCUUUAAAUUUAGAAGUGGUUCCAGUCAUUGGGAGAAACCAGGAGGUGAACCUGACAGCCAUCAUACUGCCUAGGAACCCUAAUUUGACAGUUUUCUACUGGUGGAUAGGAAACAGUCUUCAGCCACUGCUUACAUUGGAGAGUUUUCUGGUGACAAAGUUUGCUGAGACAGGUGAUGUCAGAGUUACAGUGCAAGUUUCCUGUGGGAGCUCUAUGCUUCAGGACUCAAAAGUUGUUCACGUUUUUGAUAAUUUUCAUGUUCUUCCUCUGAAGUUUACUAAGCACCUGGACAUGUACAACCCCGACAUCCCAGAGUGGAGGGAAGACAUUGGGCGGGUCGUGACACGACUUCUUGCAAAGGAGACCAGUAUACCUGAAGAAACACUCAGGACAGUUGUGAAACCUGGUCUGCCUACAGCUGCUGACUUGCAUGUUCUACUACCAGCAAAUCAACCAAAAAAGAAGAGAAGCAUAACUAGUGAUAAGAGAAUAGCAGCUAUAAAGCAGGCCCUGAAUGCACACAACAUCAGUUUCUUUCUGAGGGGAGGAUACUGGGUCUUAGUGACUUUAGCUGACUCCGGUUCAGACUCUCAGAGGAUUGGAGGAGGCAGUGGCUACUGGGCUAUUGUGGUUCUUUUUGUUAUUUGUCUAGUUGCAGUUGGGGCUUUCAUCCUCUACAAGUUCAAAAGGAAACUGCCAGGCAGAAAUGUCUACGCCCAGAUGCACAAUGAAAAAGAGCAGGAGAUGACAAGCCCUGUUAAUCACAGUGAGGACACCCAGAACAUCAUCCAGGGUGAGGAGUUUAUUGAUGAUGAUCUGGACUCUCAAACACUAGGUAACGCAAGAGUGACUCCUUCUGGGAGAAGUGGCAACUUGAACAGCUACAGAGUUCCCUUAUUGCUGAUGCCGGUCAGUGUCCAGUCCCAGGCAAUCACUCAGGCGUGGUUUUGAGCAUCAACUCCAGAGAGAUGCACAGUUACCUGGUUAGCUGAUAUUUGCAGCUGAACGCAAAAACCAAAAGACUCUUCUCUGUACCGUUUUAUUUUUCCCUGGUGAUGUCCCAAAAUUGAAAAUAUGGCUGUAAAUGCUGAUGGAGAGGAGGUUUCUUAUCAGUCCUGUGGAAAAAAAGCAUCCAUCAUCAGUUACCAAGGACGAAGGAUAACAUGUCUUGUGCUCACUCUAUGGCCUGGGAACUCAUUGCGAUUGAAACUCAAACUAUGGUAGCAAAUUUGUAGCCCUAGGCACCUUCAAUGCCACCUUAUUUCUUUUCUGUAUAUGCUCUAUUUCUUUAUGUUUAUUUUUAGAAUGACUGACUGUAACUUUUUAAUUAUAUUUUUAAUUGAAGUAUUCAGUGGAAGGCUGGGAGUCUUCAGCCCAAAAAGGUGAUUUUUACACAAGUGACUAGACCAGAACAGAUGGUUGGUUGAUCACAGUGACAAUUUUUUUAGAAGGCCAAGUGUUUCUGUACUGGGAAAGGACUGAACAAGAGACAAAUGCACUCCUAGUUGAGACAAGCUCAACUUAAACAUGUGUGAGACAAUCUAACAAAUUUAGGCUUAGGCCCUUCUGAGGAUUGAAGGAAGUAAAAUGUCAAUUAGGAUAUCUCGUAAUAUACAAUAAUUCUCUUGUAAGUGUAGCAAGUCCUGACAAAUUAUCAGCACCAGUAUCUCCCCCAAUCCCACCACGUGUGAAAGAAAAACACCAGCUUGAUGCUAUUUCCAGACCAGGUGCCUUCACUUGUGGACAUUCAUUUUAGUUGCUCUUUUCUUUUCUCCUGAGCGAGCCCCUCUAGGAUGAUGGCAGCUGCCAGAUGAGUUAUCCUGUUAAACCCUAGGCUGGUGGCCUGUCUCUUUUUAAAUUUCCAGACAGUGUAAAUACCUCUUUUAUGCAGCUUUCUUUGUAUGGUUAUUUUUUUUUAAAACUUCCUAUAAGGGCAGCUGUGCCGAGUGGGUCAGAAUUCUGCUCUGGGAAGGGCUGGGUAGCACUGCCAUCUCCUUCCCACGACAUCCCUGUUUGGGAUUUCCUCUGGCAUUUGCCCUUGCUGGCCAGAGUGGGCAAACCCCAGCCUGACCUUUUCUGCUUGGGUUGGUUUGACAAUCCAAAGGGUCACAGGGAUGAUGGGAAGGGAUUUAGGCUUCCUGUUUCCUUCCCAUCACCACAGGAUGUCUCUCAGUCCCUACCACCACUGGCCCCUUUGUCUGCAGGGAGGGCAGGGGAGGGCUUCUGGAGGAGCUGCCUGCAGAAGGGCUUGUGAGUCGGGUCCUUGUGUCCUAAUCCCAGUUUUGUCAGUCGGGUCAGAGUUUCCUAGUCUCAACCUCUGCCUCCCUAGGGAACGGCAGUGCAGUGAAUCCACACUCCUCUUGUCUUUUCUCUGUGGUUUAUUUUAGCCACGUAGGAAAACAAGUGUGGUGUGGUGAGUUUAAAUGUCUGGCAUCCUGUGUGUCACAGCUGCCUGGGAUUAGGAUGCUUCUCUCAGAAACCUAUAUAAUCUCUUCACUUUUUGCCUUUGAUAGAGGAUAAAUAACUCUGUACUCACUGAAUGUCAUACUGAUGCUAGUGACAAGCUCACACACCACCCUGUUUAAGAAGGAUACAGAUAGUGCAUCGUCCAGAAUAUGCAAACAGAAAAUAAUGAAUGCUAGUCAAAUAGAAAAGAACUGUCUUAAAAUCAGUGUAUGCAUUGGAAUCAUUCUUCCAUGUAGCUGUUAAUAUAGAGCAUAUUAUCAUCAAAUGCAGUGGACUGGGAUGUAGUAAUUCAGUGUAGUACUGUAGGCUCUCACGAACCCCAUAGGAUGUAUGUGUAAAGCACAAGAAAAUCUAGAUUAUAAAUUUACUGUAAGGAAAUAGGUGGAAAGUUAGAAUGAAGAUUCUGAAAAGCACUUGCAAACCGCUCAGGAAAAUAAUUACAAAAAUUGUUCUAAGAUUUCUGCCUAUUUAGUUGUAUAGUGCCAUGUAAACUUGUUAACAGAGAAGCAAUGCCCUGGCUGACUGUUAUGUGCCAGACUGUGGAAAUCCAAGGUCUUAAAUGUAUCUGAGUCUGGGUUUCUUGAAGAGAAGUGCAUAUACAAAACAUGCUGUGAAUUGGAAACUCUUGGGAUCAUUGCACCAGGGGCUUUCCCUCCUCACCAGCUCUUGCUUUUUCUAGUGGAAAGGAGCUGGAGCAGAGAACAAAAUAACAUUGCAAACAUCUUACUUGUUCCUGUGAAAUAAAUCUAAAAUAGGUUUUUUGUAUAGGGCAGGCGAGUGGCAAACCAGCUUCAUGGAAAACGAAUGGGAUGGAAGCUCCAGCUUGGGGUUGUUCUCACAUGGUUAGUCUGAUUGGUAAAGGACUGUGUUGGAACUAGGUCACAAACCUAAUUUAUGCUUUAACAGCUACUUUUAUACGUUUAAUUCAGGGUGAUUUGUGUCUCUGAUCACAGGAGUCUUUUGGAACACGGUAGAAUAUUUAACUGCUUGGUACUCUAAUUAACACUUAGCACAAUGUAGUGCCUGUAAUAAUUUUUUCUGAUGCUUAUUAAUUUGAUUCAUGCAGAACUCCUGUGAGGUUGGUUUGUCAUGUCUUAAAAACAUUGUUUUCUAAAGACAUGUUGGUAUUUCCAUAACUGUAUUAAUAAUACCCAGCAGAUAAUAAAGGAAGCCUUUGAUUUCCUCAUAAUAACUUUAAAAUGAAUUCUUUUAAAAUGGAGAAAAUACUAUUACCAUUUUCUCAUUCAUGGUGUCUUGGUUUAUCUGUAAAUGAAAAGACUCACUAGUACUAGUUCUCAAAUCUCUUGAACUACAUCCAUGAUAUCUUAGCUUUUUAUCCUUUAUAUGUAUCUAAAAUCCUGAUACAUAUUCUGAGUAUUCAGAAACACAGAGUUGCUUCUAUGCACAAGUGCUAGUCACACAUGUGUGCAUGCACACAUGCAGUAUUUGUACAUAUUUUAGUUAAGUUUUUUUUAGUGGGGAAGGGGGAUGUGGUGGCUAAGAAACAGAAGAUGACAGUCAGAUACCUGGAUUCUAGACUUUGAGCAAGUUACUUCCCUUAUAUGUGCUACAGUUUCCCCACCUAGAAAAUGGGGCUGAUAAUAAUUACCUACCUCACAGGGGUAUUGUGAGGCUAAAUUAAUUACUGUUUGUUCAGGAUCAUGAGAGCAAAAGAAUUUUGUGGGCAUAAAUUAUUAAUGGUUUAACUUUCUUUGUUUUACUUGUAAUUAUCACUGUUCUUUAAAGUUCUCUACUAAAACCAGUUGCAGUUAUGUAUAAAUGUAAAAAUGCAUAAUCCAAAAAAAGGGCAUAACUGGUAAAAAACUUUAAAAAAAAGGUAAUUUUAUUUAAACAUUGCUAUUGGAACAUACUGUUAUGUGAUAGCACUGCAACGUUGGCUGUAAUUUUGCUGUUACACACUAGUAUUGUCAACUCCUCUGCAUUGUUGUUUGAUCAAAAACCUUAUAAAAAUGGGUACAGUGAUAUUUAUCAGUGCUGAUAUUGAACUGUACUGAAUCCAAAAAAACCUGGCAGCGUACUGGCCUCAUUGGCCUCUUUUGGUCUUCUUAAAAUCUGAUGUAUUUGCAGUUUCAAAAACACUCUGUACUUUUCAGAGUGCUCCAAGCAGUAUGAUCUGAAGCAUUCUAACAGAGCCAUCAAGAUUUACAGCUGUUAUCUUUGCUUUCUCUUUUGACAUUGACUGUUUUAUAUGGCUUUGGAACAGCCUGUCCAUAUAAAGUACUCAGAAAUGCUCAGAGGACAUUUAAGGAAAAUGCACACAAUUUUAAUUAAUUUUUCAAUAAUAUAAGCAAUAUAAACCAGUGUAUAUUUUUAUAUUCUGUUGAAGAGGGUGGUGGAAAUGGCUGUGAAGAAAUAGAAAGUACCAGCUUGAGGUGAGAUGUUGUUGUUACCGACAAUUCGCAUCCAAUUUCUUGGAACUCUUUUAUGAUAUUCUCAUUGAAUUCCAUCCUUCUUGAUGACUUUUCUUCUUUCAAUGAUGAGUAAUGAGGAGCAAAUUGUUUAUUCAUAUAAAGUAGAUGAUUUGUUAACUAACUGUCCUGUAGACAAAGACAAAUCAGUGCUUUGCCAUUAUAGUUUCUGUGCCAAGCAGGUUUCAUGUGACACGCUUAUCAUGGUUAGCUGUGUUUUCAGUCCAAUGAGACCUUCUUCUAGUUGGGAGACUCUUACUGUAUCCUGUAUCUUUAGUGGAGGUCAAUGGAACUGCAGUAAUUUCUAUCCUCCUUACACAAAUACAUGCUCAAAGAAAUGUGUGGGGAAAAGAAAAUCUUUAUAAGAAGUUAAAUACAUGCAUUUGGUUGCAGUAACUUUUUGAUGAUGAACCAGAGGUUCUGAUAAGUUUUGAAUUUCUAGUGUUGUUUCAAGUCGAUGUUUCUAAGUAGAUAGAAUCGAUGACAAUUUCAGUCAUAGAUUUUUCCUGUUUCCUAUUAAAAAAGUUUUGUAAUUUUUCAUUAAUGAGACUUUGGGGGAAAAGAGAGAGUAAACACUUUAUUUCAUUGCACAGUCCCUGCUAGUUGGAGUUAUUAUAGUUGUGUUAUUGUAUAUUGAUUGAUACCACUGUACUGUUUCCAUAUUCAUUUUUAUUUCAGCAUUUUAGAUGAAAGUAAGCGCCCAUUUCUCUCAAAAUAUUGGAUUUCUACCAGGACAAAAUUUAUAAG